UUCGCAGCAAAUACAAAUAUACACAUUUAUCAAUAAUAAUGGAAAACAAUGCUUUGGGCGAAGAUAGGUUGAAUGAAGAUAACACGGAAUUCUUCAUAAAUUUUUCUACCGAAGUGCAAAAGGCCAUAGACGAGGUUUUACCUGGUAGAGAUUCGUUAGACGAGCCAGAUUUCAACAGUAUAGACUACAUCAACUCGCUAUUUCCAACUGAACAGUCUUUAUCAAACAUCGACGAAGUGGUAAUAAAAAUGGAAAAUCGGAUUCACACUAUUGAUAAUGAAAUAUCAACAGUUAUCCGUAGUCAAAUAGAAGCCAGCGAAGAUGGCAGGCAAGCAUUAGAUGAAUCUCAAAAAAUUAUUAAACAGUUAUUUGUACACAUAAAAGAUAUUAAAGAACGUGCAGAAAAAUCUGAAGAAAUGGUACGUGAAAUAACCAGGGAUAUCAAGCAGUUGGACUGUGCUAAACGUAAUCUUACUCUAGCCAUAACCACGUUAAAUCAUUUACAUAUGCUAGUGGGAGGUGUAGAUACCCUGAAAUCUUUAACACAGAAAAGGUUGUAUGGAGAAAUAGCUUUACCGUUGCAAGCUAUAAGUGAGGUUAUGACCCACUUUGAAAACUACUCUGAUAUACCCCAAAUUAAAAGUUUGAGUAGCCAAGUGAACUCCAUUCGUUCGGAAUUGGCACACCAAAUUACUCACGAUUUUAAGGAAGCAUUUUUAGGUAGCAAUUCAAAGAGCAUGAUUCCAAACAAGCAGCUAGCCCAAGCUUGUCUCGUGGUCUCCAUUUUGGAUCCAAAAGUAAAACAUGACCUCUUGAAAUGGUUUGUAAACUUACAACUUCAGGAAUACAACCAUCUGUUCCAAGAAACUGAAGACACCGCCUGGUUGGACAAAAUGGACAAGCGAUACGCAUGGAUUAAAAGGCACUUGUUAGAAUUCGAAGAGAGGUUGGGCAACAUGUUCCCUGAAAAUUGGGAAGUCUCUGAACGCAUAGCAGUGCAAUUUUGCCAUGAUACAAGGGAAGAACUUUCGAGGCUCAUGGCGAAAAGGAAAAGCGAAAUUGACGUUAAAUUGUUACUCUACGCGAUUCAGAAGACUUCCGCUUUUGAGACGUUGCUGUCAAAGAGAUUUAGAGGUGUCACUAUAGAAGAUAGUUCGAGUCCCAGCCAGCGCACAGAAGGAGAUUUGAAUACUUCCAAGUUUCAUGGUCUAAUAGGUAGAUGUUUUAUUCCUCAUCUUGAGAUUUAUAUAGAGUCAAUCGAUAGGAACCUUGCUGACCUUAUCGAUCGUUUUAUACAGGACGAGAAGCAAACAAAGCCAACUGAAGCGACUGAAACGCAAGCGGCAAUCUUAUCCUCUUGUCCCGACCUGUUUGUUUUCUAUAAGAAAAGCAUGAUUCAAUGUUGCCAGCUUGACAGGGGACAAUCAAUGUUGAGUUUGACGGCGGUGUUUCAGAAAUAUCUGCACGAGUAUGCUGAAAAGUUGCUGACGAAUAACCUGCCCAAAUUCGAAACACAAACGUUGGGCAGUUCAGUGCAAAGUUUCACAAAGGAUUUGCAAAAAAUGAGCACCACAGGCUUGAUACAGAACUUUUCGUCAUUACUAAAGGAGGGCGAAACAACACGAUUUACCAGAGACGAGCAGACGAAGAUAUGUUGUAUCCUAACGACAGCCGAGUAUUGCUUAGAAACCACGCAACAGUUGCAGGACAAGCUCAAAGAAAAGAUCGAGCCGAAUCUAGCGGACCAGAUAGAUUUAUCGAAGGAGCAAGAUCACUUUCACAAGGUUAUAUCGAAUUGUAUCCAGUUGCUGGUACAAGACCUUGAAAACGCUUGCGAACCCUCUCUGACGGCUAUGAGUAGGAUUCAGUGGCAGAACAUAGACGCGGUCGGUGAUCAGAGCCCCUACAUCACGUCUAUAACCACCCAUUUAAAAACGACGGUGCCCGUGGUCAGAGACAACUUGGCCCAUUCGCGGAAAUACUAUACCCAGUUUUGUAUCAAGUUCGCAAAUAGUUUUAUACCAAAGUUCAUACAAAUUAUCUACAAGUGUAAACCAAUCAAUACGGAAGGGGCAGAGCAAUUGCUUUUAGACACUCAUAUGUUGAAGACGGUUUUGUUGAACCUGCCCUCAAUAGCUUCCGCGAUUAAUCGUCAAGCGCCAGCGGCGUACGCAAAAGUUGUUACCAAAGGCAUGACGAAGGCGGAGAUGAUUUUGAAGGUCGUGAUGACGCCCAUCGAUCCGCCCAAAAAUUUCGCGGACCAGUGCCGGGUGUUGUUGCCAGAGUGUCAGUUGACGGAGUUUUGUAAAAUUUUAGAAAUGAAGAGCGUCAAGAGGCAAGAACAGGCCGUUUUAAUAGACGCUUUUAAAAAUAAAAAAUAAGGUGU